ACCUCUCCUGACCACACCCCCUCUGUCCACAGGCCAGGCAUGUGAGGCCUCUGCGGGUCAUGGAGAACCUCCCUGCCGUGACCACUAAGGAGCCGACCCCCAUGGGGAGGGGUCCCGUGGGACCCUCAGGAGGUGGCAGCAGCCGGGACCAAGUCCGGACUGUGGCCAUGAGGCCCUCUGUGAGCUGGGAGAAAGCAGGGCCCGAGGAGGCCAAGGCGCCGGUGAGAGGCGAAGAGGCUUCUCCCACCCGCGCCCGUGUGGCUGGGCCUGCUGCUGGGACCCCUCCCUGCCAGAUGGGGGUUUAUCCCACAGACCUGACCCUGCAGCUGCUGGCUGUGCGGAGGAAGAGCGGACUGCGGGACCCUGGCCUACAGCAGACCCUCCGGGGCCAGCUCCGCCUGCUGGAGAAUGACAGCCGGGAGAUGGCCCGUGCACUCGGGGAAUUAUCAGCCAGGCUGCUGUCGAUCCACAGUGACCAGGACCGGAUCGUGGUGACGUUUAAGACUUUUGAAGAAGUCUGGAAGUUUUCCACCUACCACGCUCUUGGCUUCACUCAUCACUGCCUGGCAAACCUGCUCAUGGACCAGGCCUUCUGGCUGCUCUCGCCCAGCGAGGAGGAGGAGACAGCCAUCCAAGUCCACGUGGAUGAGAACGCCUUGAGGUUGACCCACGAGAGCCUCCUCAUCCAAGAAGGGCCCUUCUUUGUCCUGUGUCCUGACCACCAUGUGAGAGUGAUGACGGGUACCCGGGAUGCAGGAAAUGGCCCCCAGGCCCUCAGGCAGGCUUCGGGGGCUCCCCAGGGAGAGGCGGCCCCGGAAACAGACUCUUCACUGCCAAGCCCCAGCGUGUCCUCCGAGGAGAUGGCAGUGGCAGCCGCCCUGGAGCCUUUGAUUCCGUUUCAUCAGUGGGCUCUUAGGGUCCCCCAGGACCCCAUCGAUGACGCCAUGGGUGGCCCUGUGAUGCCCGACAACCCACUGAUGGCUGUGGGCCUGGCCUCGGCAUUGGCAGACUUCCAGGGCUCGGGGCCCGAAGAGAUGACCUUCCGAGGUGGCGACCUCAUCGAGAUCCUUGGGGCGCAGGUGCCCGGCCUGCCCUGGUGCGUGGGCCGACACGCAGCCUCGGGCCAGGUGGGGUUUGUGCGGAGCAGCCUCAUCAGCAUGCAGGGCCCCGUGUCCGAGUUGGAAAGUGCGAUUUUUCUCAAUGAGGAAGAAAAGUCAUUCUUCGGCGAGGGCCGCUUUUCUAAGGAGGAUGCCAGGCAGUUGCUGAGGCGGAUGUCGGGCACCGAUGUCUGCAGCAUGUACAGCCUGGACUCAGUAGAGGAAGCUGAGACUGAGCAGCCGCAGGAACAAGAAAUACCUCCACCUUGCCUGAGCCCGGAGCCACAGGAGACCCUGCAGAAGGUAAAGAAUGUUCUGGAACAAUGCAAGACCUGCCCAGGCUGCCCCCAGGAGCCAGCGUCCUGGGGUCUCUGUGCGGCAUCCAGCAAUGUGAGCUUGCAGGACCCCGAGGAGCCCUCCUUCUGCUUGGAAGCUGAGGACGACUGGGAGGACCCAGAGGCCCUGAGCUCACUGCUGCUGUUCCUGAACGCCCCCGGGUACAAGACCAGCUUCCGUGGCCUGUACGAUGUGGCGCUGCCGUGGCUGAGCAGCGUGUUCCGCAGCUUCAGCGACGAGGAGGAGCUGACUGGGCGUCUGGCACAGGCCCGGGGGGCGGCCAAGAAAGCUGGCCUCCUCAUGGCCCUGGCUAGGCUCUGCUUCCUCCUGGGGCGCCUGUGCAGCAGGAGGCUCAAGCUGUCCCAGGCCCGAGUGUACUUUGAGGAGGCGCUGGGGGCCCUGGAGGGCAGCUUUGGGGACGUGUUCCUGGUGGUGGCUGUGUACGCCAACCUGGCCAGCAUUUACCGGAAGCAGAAGAACAGGGAGAAGUGUGCACAGGUGGUGCCCAAAGCCAUGGCCCUGCUCCUGGGGACGCCCGGCCACAUCUGCAGCACCGAGGCGGAGGGGGAGCUCCUGCAGCUGGCGCUGCGGCGGGCGGUGGGUGGCCAGAGCCUGCAGGCCGAGGGCCGGGCCUGCUUCCUGCUGGCCAGGCACCACGUGCACCUCAAGCAGCCCGAGGAGGCCCUGCCCUUCCUAGAGCGGCUGCUGCUUUUGCACAGGGACUCGGGAGCCCCAGAGGCUGCGUGGCUCUCAGACUGCUACCUACUCCUGGCUGACAUCUACAGUCGCAAGUGCCUGCCCCACCUGGUGCUGAGCUGUGUCAAGGUGGCCUCAUUGCAGACACGGGGCUCGCUGGCCGGCUCGCUGAGGAGCGUGAACCUCGUGCUCCAGAAUGCCCCCCAGCCCCACAGCCUCCCGGCCCAGACUUCCCACUACCUCAGGCAAGCGCUGGCCUCCCUGAUCCCGGGCACGGGCCAGGUGCUGCGCGGCCCCCUCUACGCCAGCUUGGCCCAGCUGUACAGCCACCACGGCUGCCACGGCCCGGCCAUCACCUUCAUGACGCAGGCGGUGGAAGCCAGUGCUGUUGCCGGCGUCCGUGCCAUUGUGGACCACCUGGUGGCCCUGGCCUGGCUGCAUGUGCUUCAUGGGCAGAGCCCGGUGGCCCUGGACAUCCUGCAGUCUGUCCAGGAUGCGGUGGUAGCCAGCGAGGACCAGGAGGGCGUGAUUGCCAACAUGGUGGCUGUGGCUCUGAAGAGGAGUGGCCGGACGAGGCAGGCAGCCGAGGGCUACUACCGUGCCCUGCGGGUGGCUCGGGACCUGGGCCAGUGGAGGAACCAGGCAGUGGUGCUGGCCAACUUUGGGGCCCUGUGCCUGCACGCGGGUGCCAGCAGGCUGGCCCAGCACUACCUCCUGGAGGCUGUGCGGCUGUUCUCGAGGCUGCCCCGCGGGGAGUGUGGCCGGGACUUCACUCAUGUGCUCCUGCAGCUGGGCCACCUCUGCACCCGCCAGGGCCCGGCCCAGCAGGGCAAAGGCUACUACGAGUGGGCCCUUCUGGUCGCCGUGGAGAUGGGCCACGUGGAGAGCCAGCUGCGGGCUGUCCAGCGGCUGUGCCACUUCUACAGUGCCGUCAUGCCCAGCGAGGCCCAGUGUGUCAUCUACCAUGAGCUCCAGCUCUCCCUGGCCUGCAAGGUGGCCGACAAGGUGCUGGAGGGGCAGCUCCUGGAGACCAUCAGCCAGCUCUACCUGUCCCUGGGCACUGAGCGGGCCUACAAAUCCGCUCUGGACUACACCAAACGAAGUCUGGGGAUUUUCAUUGACCUCCAGAAGAAAGAGAAAGAGGCACAUGCCUGGCUGCAAGCAGGGAAGAUCUAUUACAUCUUGCGACAGAGCGAGCUGGUGGACCUGUACAUCCAGGUGGCACAGAAUGUGGCCCUGUACACAGGCGACCCCAACCUGGGGCUGGAGCUGUUUGAGGCGGCUGGAGACAUCUUCUUCAACGGGGCCUGGGAGCGGGAGAAAGCUGUGUCCUUCUACCGGGACCGGGCCCUGCCCCUGGCAGUGACUACGGGAAACCGCAAGGUGGAGCUGCGGCUGUGCAACAAGCUGGUGGCACUGCUGGCUACAAUGGAGGAGCCCCAGGAGGGCUUGGAGUUUGCCCACAUGGCCCUAGCACUCAGCAUCACCCUGGGGGACCGGCUGAACGAGCGCGUGGCCUACCACCGGCUGGCCGCCCUGCACCACCAACUGGGCCACGGCGAGCUGGCCGAGCACUUCUACCUCAAGGCCCUGUCGCUCUGCAACUCACCGCUGGAGUUUGACGAGGAGACCCUCUACUACGUGAAGGUGUACCUGGUGCUCGGUGACAUAAUCUUCUAUGACCUGAAGGACCCGUUUGAUGCAGCCGGAUACUACCAGCUGGCGCUGGCGGCCGCCGUGGACCUGGGCAACAAGAAGGCACAGCUGAAGAUCUAUACACGGCUGGCCACCAUCUACCACAACUUCCUCCUGGACCGUGAGAAGUCGCUCUUCUUCUAUCAGAAGGCCAGGACCUUCGCCACAGAGCUCAACGUCCGCAGGGUCAACCUGCCUCCUCUGCCACUCUGCGGGUGGGCCCCCUGGUUGGCCCCCAGCCACCCUCGCUGAGGACAGCAUCUAAGGAGUGGGUUUUGUGCAAGGCGGGGGGCCUCCUGCCUCUCCUGGUGUCUCCGGUGGCUCAUUUUCUGGGAAAUGGAGGCACGAACGCAGGGGUCAAAUAGCAAUAAAUCGUUUUUUUGUUUGUUUGUUUUUUGCAAUAA